AUGUCGGACCCUGCAGGCUACACAGUGGGCUGGAUCUGCGCUUUGCGCGUGGAAUAUAUUGCGGCACAGGAACUUCUCGAUGAGGAGCACGAAAGCCCCAGCUUUGUGUCGCCAAACGAUGCCAACGACUAUACGUUAGGCAAGAUAGGCGAACAUCAGGUUGUCAUCGCCGUCAUGCCCGAUGGGGAAUAUGGAACUGCCUCCGCCGCCAAUGUAGCGACAAACAUGCUGAACAGUUUUCACAACAUCAGGAUCGGCUUGAUGGUCGGUAUCGGCGGAGGUGUGCCGACCCAAAACCAUGAUAUUCGUUUAGGCGAUGUUGUGGUCAGUGCUCCUCGUAAUGGCGUAGGUGGGGUAUUCCAAUACGACUUUGGCAAGUCGAUCCAAGGCCAGAGUUUUCAGCAUACGCGAUUCUUGAACCAGCCACCGACUACGCUUCGCACUGCGAUAACGGGGUUACAGACACAGUACAAGAGAAAGGGGCAUCAACUACAGGGAGCUAUCGAUAGUAUUCUCGACAACAACUCGAGACUCCGCCGUGAGUACCAAAGACCACUACCUAAUACGGAUAGGUUAUUCAGGGCUACAGUGAUACAUGAUCAAGGAUGUUGUGAUUCAUCAGGUGCUAAUAACCCAUCAAAUUUGGUACUACGAAGUGAACGGGCUAAGGAGGAAGAUAAUCCUGCAAUUCACUAUGGCCUGAUUGCUUCCGGUAAUCAAUUGAUGAAAGAUGCGUUAAUGCGAGAUAAACUUGCUGCGGAGAGAGACGUUCUCUGUUUUGAGAUGGAAGCAGGCGGGCUGAUGAACACCUUCCCGUGUCUAGUUAUCCGGGGAAUAUGCGACUACUCAGAUUCACAUAAGAACAAAGAGUGGCAGGGUUAUGCAGCGAUGGUGGCGGCUGCAUACGCAAAAGACCUUCUACAGAGGAUCCCUCUUAGCCGAAUCGAGGCCGAGGAUAAGAUCAAUGUCCUUAUCUCUGAAAGGCAAGAGGUCACCAAUCAACAGUUAGAUCGACUAAACAGCGAACAAGAACGGUAUCAUAUCGAACAGAAGGACAGAGCCUUAACAGAUCAGCAAGAUCGUUGUCUCCAAAUGUUCAAGAUCUUAAGCUACGAGGAGCAGAAGAACCUUAAUCCGAGAAAGGCGGAAGGAACCUGUCUAUGGGCUAUACAGAGCGCCGAAUUUAUUCGCUGGUCGGAGAGCAGCUGCAACGACCUUCUAUGGACAAUUUGUGUAUUCGAUGCGCUUGAUGAAUGUCAGCAGGUUCAUCAACGUCGAUUGAUUGAAAAGAUCCAUUCAUUUCAAUGUCAGCCGUCUUCAUCAAUACAAGGCGCUUGUUUGAAAUUCUUAGUCACCAGUCGCUCAUACGACGGUAUCCAGAAUAGUCCCAAGGCGAUAACAAACCCCUUCCAAUACUUAAGCCUGAAGGGAGAGGACUACAGCGACCAAAUUCACAAGGAGAUAGAUACUGUUGUGAAAAUGAAAGUCAAAGAGCUGGCCAGGGAUGAACGACUUCCACACAAUGUGACCCCCAUGGGUGAGAUUCGAUCUACAUUCGAGGAAAGCCUUCGACCUUCUGAGGAAUUGGUCCGAUCAAUCCGAAUGAUACCCGCUUCAGUAAAUGAGGCAUACGAAAGAAUCUUAAAUCGCGUCCCUCCCAGCCAGGUUAGCAAUAUAAGGACGAUCCUACAAAUUGUUGUUGCGGCGAACCGCCCUCUGACAAUGGUGGAACUGGCCAGGGCAGUGGACAUCGCCAUUCCUCCUCAACAUACAGCCGAUAAGCUCGAUCCAAACCUCUUGAAGAAAAAGCUCCGUCGUUAUUGCGGCUUGUUCAUCUUCAGCCAAUCAAAAAUCUAUCUCAUUCACCAAACAGCCAAAGAAUUCCUCGAAUCAAAGGAGAGUUGGCGACAAUCAGUGAAUUUUCAAGAUGCACAUCUCUCUCUUGCAAAAAUUUGCAUGACCUACCUUCACGAGAUUAUGUUUCAGGAGAAUGAAGUUCACUUCUUGCAGAAGAGAGGAGACAGAAGCAGGAGCGAUGGACUGUUGAUAUACUCAGCAACUCAUUGGAUUUCUCACUUAAUCAGUGGAUCAACAGCAGGGACGGAGUUGCUCCAAAUGGCCGGGAACCUUUGCGGCGAGACUAGAGCAUCCGUGUGGACUCAAUUCGUCGAACCGCCGUUUUGGUAUUAUCGUUUUGACAACGAGCCAUUGCCAUUUUUCUGGGCGGCAAGAUGGGGAUUGGUAGAUGUUGCCGACAUCCUGUUGCAGGAUCCUGAAAUCCAAGUCACUGCCGACAUCAUCGAAAAGGCCGUUGCACAUACUUCGGGCAACGACACAGUGAUACGUCUUCUCUUUGAUCGAAGAGUGAACGAAAUAAGUAUUACCGAUGAGGUUCUCCAAACAGCCGCAGCAAACAGGAGUGGUGGAUUUGUCAUAAUGAAGCUUCUUUUAGAUCGAAGAGGCGGUGACAUCACGGUCACAGACAAAGUCAUGCAGAAAGCAGCAGCAAAUAGUUCAAGCGGACUUUCCAUCAUGAGACUCCUAUUGAAUCGGAAGGGGCCUGAAAUCAAAGUCACAAUCGCAGACGCCACCGAAGAAGAAAACUGGGAGAUUGAGAAGCUGAAAACAGAAGUCUGA